AUGUCAUUGCCUGAUGCAGAGGCACGCAUCAAAGAAAUCCUCGGCACUCGUUAUGUCGAUGCCCUCGAGGAUGAAGUCACCACCUCUCUCCAUGAUUUGAUGACUCGUAAUCGCAUUUUUGGGAGGCCGCUGUCUUUGGACGAGUUUCUUGAGCCGGCUGAAGAACAGGAAGUUGGAGAUUUGGGGUUUGAAGGUGGAGAUAAGGAUAUUGUUGCUGCAGUGAACCGGGAGAUAGCAGAGAAAAGCGGUGAGGUGAUUGAGGUUGAGUCCAAUGAAGAAGAGGAUGCCAAACCAGAGGUUUCCCGUGCGGAAACACUUGCACUGUGUCAGCGGCUUGAAGGGGCUUGCCUCCAGUUCGGAAAUGCUGAUUCAACACUUCCACUUGAGCUGUUGAAACAGAUCCGUCUUUUCCGUGCUGAGCUGCGACAUGAGGAGCUUCUACACUCGACACAGACUACAAUAGAUGCUUACUUUCAUUAG